CUUUGGAGCAGAUUUCCUAAAUUAAAAUCACUUUUAGCUGAUUUGCUGGUGUUUUUACAGUCUUUCAUGUCAAAUUUUUAAAAUAAACUAUUUUCUUUGCUCAGAAACCUUGGAGGGCCAGCUUGGAGGGCCAAAUAAUAUGACUCGCGGGUCAAAUUUGUCCCGGCCCCACGGGCCGCCAGUUGGGGAACCCUGACAUAGAUCCUUCCUGGUAAACAAAACCCAGGUUGUUGCACAGUAAGAAAAAAGCAGCGAGAGAGAAAAGUGCACUAGGCCUAUUUGUUAGUGUUGUUUUGGAGAGAAGAAGUAAGGCAAUAGAUGGAAUCAGAAGGAGUGAAAAGGAAGCGUCAAACAUGACCGAUUGAAAACUAUUUUUGACAAAGAAUUAAAGGAACGAUUUCUCUAUUUAUAUACUGUCAUUUCAGUCAGAGGUGGACAGACUCAAACAGAAGAUCUUGUUCAAGUAACAGAGACAUUCUGUCAACGAAUCACACGUACACACACUUUGACACACGGAACACCUGCACAUAGGGCUGCACACAGGGCUUUUGGGUAAACGCAAACUCCCAACAUAGACGUUUUCUCCCAGAACACGCCACACACUCUCCAGUCUCAUGAUGAUGUGCGAGGUUAUGCCCACCAUUUCGGAGGAUGGGCGCGGUGGAGGCCUCUCCUCUCCUGGGGUCGGGGCUGGGGGCCCUGGUGGAGCCAUGGGGGGAGGGGGCUACGGUGGCCGAGGAGAAUCAAGGGGUGGGGGUGACGAGGGGGGCAGCACAGGGAACCUGGAGUCCCUGAUGGUCAACAUGCUGACCGAGAGGGAGAGGCUGCUGGACAGCCUAAGGGAGACCCAGGACAGCCUUGGGACAGCCCAGCUACGCCUCAGAGAGCUAGGCCACGAAAAGGACUCCCUCUCGAGACAGCUGUCCAUCGCCCUGCCACAGGAGUUUGCUGUGCUGACUAAGGAGCUGAAUGUUUGCCGGGAUCAGCUACUGGAGAGGGAAGAGGAGAUUUCUGAGCUCAAGGCGGAGAGAAACAACACACGUUUGUUACUAGAGCACCUGGAGUGUCUUGUGUCCCGUCAUGAGCGCAGUCUGAGGAUGACAGUGGUGAAGAGGCAGGCCCAGUCCCCGGCAGGUGUCUCUAGUGAAGUGGAGGUUCUCAAGGCCCUCAAGUCCCUGUUUGAACACCACAAGGCUUUGGAUGAGAAGGUUCGAGAGCGACUCCGUGUGGCCCUUGAGAGAGUGACCCUUUUGGAAGAUCAACUACAAGCAUCCGCACAAGAGGUAAUCUCUUUAAGAGACCAAAUUAAAAGACGGCAACAAGGAUCGGACGGCGGGAAAGAUCGCCUACCCAAUGGACCUUCUUCUGGAUUGGACGAUGGUGAGAUCGACAGACAGAGAGAAACGGAGAUAGAACGCCAAAGAGCUGAGCUCUCCCAGCUGAAAGAGAGACUGGCCCUUAUGUGUCGACAGGUUGGGGAAAUAGAGGAACAGCUUGCAGCCGCCAGGAGGGAGGUGACGAAGUCGGAGGAGGCCAAUCAGAAGCUCCAGAGGGACGUGAAGGAGGCUCUGUGCCAAAGGGAGGAUAUGGAGGAGAGGAUCACUACAUUAGAACGCAGGUACCUCAGUGCUCAGAGGGAAGCAACCUCUCUACAUGACAUCAAAGACAAGCUGGAGAAUGAGCUGGCCAGCAAGGAGUCACUGCACAGACAGAGUGAGGAGAAGAACAGGCAGCUCCAGGAGCGUCUGGGUGACGCCAAGCAGAAGCUCCAGCAGACCCUGCAGAGGGCCGAGACACUGCCCGAGAUUGAGGCCCAGCUCGCCCAGAGAGUGGCUGCCCUCAACAAGGCAGAGGAACGCCAUGGAAACUUUGAGGAGCGACUACGACAGAUGGAGGCACAACUUGAAGAGAGGAAUCAGGAGUUGCAAAGGGCAAGGCAGAGAGAGAAAAUGAAUGACGAACACAACAAACGCCUCUCGGAUACGGUGGACAAGCUACUGUCUGAGUCCAAUGAGCGACUGCAGCUUCACCUCAAAGAGAGAAUGGCUGCCCUUGAGGAGAAGAAUGCACUGUCAGAGGAGUUAGCAAACAUGAAGAAAAUCCAAGAUGACCUUCUAGCAAACAAGGACCAGCUCAUAGCCGAGCUGGAGAGGAUUCAGCUGGAGGUGGAUCAACUGAGGGGGAGGCCUGGCUCUUCCUAUUCCAGGUUAGCCACAAUGGAGCUUCAAGGAUCUCUUUCAGGGAGUGCCUCGGAGCUCCGGUACCCCCAGGGUGGUGGCUCCCUCCCAGCCGGCUAUGGCAGCUCCUCCAGUGGCGUGGUGGUCCGGAGGGCACACCGCGGCCGAUGGGCUCCCCCCAGGGAUGAAAGCAACAAGUAUGGAGAGUGGAACAGUGGCACCAUGCUGGGUCCCAGGUUUGAGGGGGGAGCUGAGGGGGGCUGCUCGGACGACGAGGAGGACAGGGAGACCCUGUUUGGGUCGGAGCUGCUCUCGCCCAGCGGACAGACGGACGUGCAGACCCUCGCCAUCAUGCUGCAGGAGCAACUGGAGGCCAUCAACAAGGAGAUAAAGCUAAUCCAGGAGGAGAAGGAGAGCACUGAGCUGAGGGCGGAGGAGAUCGCGAGCCGGGUGAGCAGCGUGGCCAUGGACUCCAACCCUCUCCCCCCCUCCUCGCUGGGCGGGGGCAGGGACAGUGUGGGGAGGGGCUACAUGACCCCCUCCCUCACUUCCUCCACCCUGGCCUCCCCGUCUCCCCCCAGCUCUGGACAUUCCACCCCCCGACACUCACAUUCCCCUGCCCGAGAGUCAGAUAGACAGAACAGCAAAGAGAGCGACGACUGCCGGGCGCUAGCCCUGAUUGACUCUACCCCUCCUCCAGUUCCUCGCGCUCUGCGAUUGGACAGAAUGACUCACACACACCCAGGGGCGGGGCUGGAUGAUCACCGCGAAUUCCGCAGUAGUCAGGACUCUCUCCAAAAAGCCAGCAAGAAGAAGAGCAUCAAGUCCUCCAUUGGACGCCUGUUUGGAAAGAAGGAGAAAGGGAGGAUCGGAGGACCUGGAAGUCAGUCUGCCUCUCUGGCCUCCACACCCUCUGAUGACCUGGGAUCAGCCGACCCCCUGGGCCUGGCCAAGAUGGGAACUGGCACCGUGGAGAAAGAUCGCCGCAGCAAGAAGAAGCAUGACCUGCUAGAAGAAGCCUGUCGUCAGGGUCUUCCCUUUGCCUCAUGGGAUGGCCCCACCGUGGUCACAUGGCUUGAGUUGUGGGUGGGCAUGCCCGCCUGGUAUGUGGCGGCGUGUCGUGCCAAUGUGAAGAGCGGUGCCAUCAUGGCCAACCUGUCGGACACAGAGAUCCAGCGGGAGAUUGGCAUCAGUAACCCCCUGCACCGCCUUAAACUGCGCCUGGCCAUCCAGGAGAUGGUGUCCCUCACCAGCCCCUCGGCACCGGCCAGCACACGCUCUUCGACCAGUAAUAUCUGGAUGACUCAUGCAGAAAUGGAGUCACUGACCUCUGCCAUAAAACCAGAAGUGAAGGAGUUCAGCUGGGACCAGAUCCUGGCCUACGGGGACAUGAAUCAUGAGUGGGUAGGGAACGAGUGGCUGCCCAGCCUGGGUCUGCCCCAGUACCGUUCCUACUUCAUGGAGUCCCUGGUGGACGCUCGCAUGCUGGACCACCUCACCAAGAAGGAGCUUAGAGGACAGCUCAAAAUGGUGGACAGCUUCCACAGGGUCAGUCUGCAUUAUGGCAUCAUGUGCUUGAAGCGUUUGAACUAUGACAGGAAGGAGCUAGAAAGGAGGAGGGAUGAGAGCCAACAUCUGAACCAAGAUGUGAUGGUAUGGUCCAAUGAGCGAGUGAUGUGUUGGGUCCAGGCCAUUGGGCUAAAGGAGUUUGCAGAUAAUCUCACAGAGAGUGGGGUCCAUGGGGCCCUCCUAGCCCUGGACGACACGUUCGAUUACACCGACCUAGCCCUGCUCAUCCAGAUACCCAAUCAGAACACACAGGCGAGGCAGAUGCUGGAGAAGGAGUACAAUGCUCUCAUCUCCAUUGGAACGGAGAGAAGGCCAGAUGAGGAUGGCACUAAGACGUUCACACGCUCACCCUCCUGGAGGAAGAUGUUCAGAGAGAAGGACCUCCGGGGCGUGACCUCUGAUUCCUCGGAAACGUUACCUGCCAACUUCCGUGCCUCCGCCAUCUCCACGCCCUCCGUCACCCUGAGGAAAGUCCAAAGUGAAGUGAACUCCGGGCCCAGGGGUGAGUCGGGGUCAGUGAGAACAUAUUCCUGCUAGAGAUAAGGACACCAGAGUCCGGAAAAAAUCAACCCUGUUUUUUAAGAAAAAUAAGAUGAAGAUCAUCAACAAAAUGGAGAAUAGAACACAAACAACAACAAUUCAAUUGGAAUCCUUGAAGAAACAAGGACAAUGUGAGAGAAUGAAAAGACGCUAAAAUAGAGUGAUUGUCCGUCUGUCUCUCUCUCUCUCCUCUCCGUCUUAGUCCACAGUUGUGGCAUGAAGCUGUUUGAUGCUGUAGAAAGUGACUCCAUCGCCCAUUGUGAAGUUCAUCUUCAGUUGUGAGUGUGAAAUGACAAUGACACAAUGACCCUUCUUUUUUUCAUUGGGACAUAAAACUGCAUUCCCAUUCUGAUCAACAGAAUGAUGACCCAGAUAGACAUUUUUUUAUUUGGACUAUCGAGAGAACAUGCAUACCCUAUUUGUUAAAAUCUCAUUAACUGGUAUUGGGAUCAUGUUUCUCAAACUUUUUGUAACAUGGACAGGCAAGUGAAGGUUUUGCCUUUACUAAGGACCCACAAGCUAUGGUCCUUCUCUCUUGGGGGACCACUUACAUUAAAACUAGCACUUGAGAACUGACUAAAUCAGGUACAGCUAACCAUCUGAGGGACCAGUCAGCAUCAUCCAAGGAACUGGUCGGUCCACGGAGCAGAGGUUGAGAAACACUGUAUUAGGAUAGAGGGAGAGGGAGGUUGCGAAAUAAGUUAUAAGGGUCAUAAUCAUGUUCUUAAGCCAUAACAGACACCAUGAGAUGCACAAUGAGAAGGACAAUGGACAAUGAGUGAAGUGCAUUAUGACAAAAUCCUGUUCGAACAACAACAACAACAAAAAGUUUGUGUUAAUAUGCAUGCCAAAACAAAACCAUUUUAGAGUGAGAGCAAUGAUAUCAAUCCUCUAAUGACGUGAAAGCUUGGGUAAGGGUAAUUUGUAAAAUGUAUGUAUUUUAUUCUAUCAAUUUGUAUGGUGUGUGUGUGUGUGUGUGUGUGUGAAUGUGUGUGUGUCUGAACUGUAUGUUCAUUUCAUACUUAGUUAAGAAUGACUGUAAUUUUUGUUAGAAAAGUAAAUGCGUUUAAAAUUAUGGACAUUUAAGAUAUUCUACUUGUAUGUGUACAUUUUGAAAACAACUGUUAUGAUUUGAAUUAAUAUUAAUAAUGAAGAGUAGUGCUGAUAAUUUAAAAUGAUAUAACAAUAAUGAUAAUGAUUGUAAAAGCUGCAAUUAAAAAAGACCUGUAAAAUG